AUGGAGGCCAUACACAAAAAGUUAAUAAUUGAAUGGAACAAGGAACCGAAAGUUUUGGCAGCCAUGGACAAGUUGCUUAAAGAAAUUAAGUCGAGUUCGCAAAAGGUACCAGCUUAUAAAUCUAUGGUAUUCCAGGAAAUGAUGAACAAACCUGAAAUGUUGGAAGGAUUGAAUAGUGCUGCAUUGCAUACAAUACAUCGUGAUGUUUACGAAAUUGAUGCUCUUUUUGCGGUUGUUCAGUCCGAUCUCAUUGCUUUUCGAGAAGCCAUUGGUGUUGUUAUGAGCUUUUACGACUGUUAUAGAUUGCAUGAGGAUUCUCCAAAUAAAUAUCUGAUGAUCGGUUUGAACUUGAUGUACUUACUAGCUACAAAUCAGCAUGCACAGUUUCACAUGUUAUUGGAGCAAAUUGAUCAAAAUAUCCAGCAAAAUAAUCCAUACAUCUCAACACCGGUCAAGUUAGAACAGUCGCUUAUGGAAGGUGUUUAUAACAAGGUUAUUCUUACCGAAAAGAACAUUCCUAGUCCAUAUUAUGCUCUUUUUAUUCGCAUGUCAAUGGAUGCUGUGCGAAAUGAAAUAGCAUCAUGUAUCGAGUGCUCUUUUACUAAGGUUUCACAAAAGGAUGCGGCACAGUUGCUUUUGUUCAAUACUGUUAACGAAGUUAUCCCUUUCGCAAACAAUCGCUCUUGGAAAAGCUCAGGCAACACAUAUGUAUUCGAACAGGCAUUGACGGCCCAUUCUAAAGGAACAGCUGGAUACAAAAAGAAUCGUGAAGCAAACUAUUUUCUAUGCAAAACAGCUCGAAAUGAUCGUGUGAAAAAAAGAAGAAUUCCAAGUUUUUAGAU